UGGUGUAAGGCUGGAGAGUGUAUCAAUCGGACCUCUUUUGCGGAGCAUGUGGAGGGGGAGUGGAGCGCAUGGAGCACUUGUAGCCGUACUUGCGACACUGGAAUCAGCAGUCGACAACGUAAAUGCCCUGGUUCAGGCCUUGAAGGAGAGUGUCACAGUCCCAUUAUGCAGUAUAGAAUAUGUGAAAAUCCUUCUUGUCCUGCUGGUGUGCCUGCCUUCAGGGACUGGCAGUGUCAGGCUUUCGGUGUCAGAUCUUCGUAUCAGAAGCACGUGCACCAGUGGCAGGCUGUCAUCGAUGAUGAAAAGCCAUGUGCCUUGUUCUGUUCACUGGCUGGAAAGGAUCAACCCAUUCUACUAACAGAAAAGGUGAUGGAUGGAACUUCUUGUGGGCAGAAUGGUUUAGAUGUCUGUGCAGAUGGUAAAUGCCAGAAAUUUGGCUGUGAUGGCAUAUUGGGAUCUCUGGCUCGUGAAGAUCAUUGCGGUGUAUGCAAUGGUAACGGAAAAUCAUGCAAAGUUAUUAAAGGUGAUUUUAAUCAUACUAGAGGAGCAGGUUAUGUAGAAGCUUUGGUGAUACCUGCAGGAGCAAGGAGAAUCAAAGUUGUGGAAGAAAAACCAGCUCACAGUUAUUUAGCUCUUCGAGAUGCUGGAAAACAGUCAAUCAACAGUGACUGGAAGAUAGAGCAUUCAGGAACAUUCAAUAUUGCCGGCACCACUGUCCAUUAUGUUCGGAGGGGUCUCUGGGAGAAAAUAUCAGCCAAAGGUCCCACAACAUCACCUUUACAUUUGCUGGUGCUGCUCUUCCAUGACCAGAGCUAUGGUCUACACUAUGAGUACACAAUCCCACUGGAUCCUCUUCCUGAGAAUCAGAGCUCUAAAGUACCGGAGCCUCUUUUCAUGUGGACUCAUUCUGGCUGGGAGGACUGUGAUGCUGUAUGUGGAGGAGGUGAAAGAAAGACAACAGUCUCUUGCACGAAGAUUAUGAACAAGAAUAUCAGUCUUGUGGACAACAAGAAGUGCAAGUAUUUAACACAACCUGAACCACAGAUCCGCAAGUGCAAUGAGCAGCCAUGCCAGACCAGAUGGAUGAUGACAGAAUGGACACCAUGUUCAAGGACUUGUGGAAAAGGGACCCAGAACAGACAAGUAGCCUGCACACAGCAGCUCAGAAACGGGACCCUGAUCAGAGCUAGGGAGAGGGAUUGCCUUGGGCCAAAGCCUGCUUCUGCACAGCGCUGUGAAGGCCAGGACUGCAUGACUGUGUGGGAAGCGGGAGUCUGGUCUGAGUGCUCUGUAAAGUGUGGUAAGGGAGUACGGCAUCGGACUGUGAGGUGCACCAAUCCCCGCAAGAAAUGUGUUUUGUCCACAAGGCCUAAAGAAGCAGAGGACUGUGAGGACUAUUCCAAAUGCUACGUCUGGAGAAUGGGAGACUGGUCUAAGUGCUCUGUCACCUGUGGCAAAGGGAUGCAGUCCCGAGUCAUCCAGUGCAUGCACAAGAUCACAGGAAGGCAUGGCAAUGAAUGCUUUUCCUCAGAAAAGCCUGCAGCCUACAGACCCUGUCAUCUCCACCCCUGCAAUGAGAAAAUUAAUGUUAACACAAUAACAUCACCCAGGUUAGCUGCUUUAACCUUCAAGUGCCUGGGAGAUCAGUGGCCUGUGUACUGCAAGGUGAUAAGAGAGAAGAACCUUUGUCAAGACAUGAGGUGGUACCAGCGGUGCUGUGAGACGUGCAGAGACUUCUAUGCGCAAAAAAUGCAACAAAAGAGUUGACCUCUGUCAGGCUGGCUGGCUCUCAGCUCUUUGCAAUUUUAUUAUUUAUAAACACACACGUACACACACACACACACACGCACGCUUCUACAGACCAAAUAUUGCGAGAUUACAUCUAAUUUAAUCAAAUUAAUUUAUUUUUGCCUGCCUGACAUCCUUAAUUGUUUUGGUUAGACAGCCAACUUGUUUUAUCCUCUGACAUUUUCAUAAUUAAUUUUUAUAUGAACAAUGUUGGAUACAUUUAUCAGAAUUUUUAAAAAAUAGUAACUAGUAUUUUAAAUGUUUAUUUUCAGUAGGGUCGUCUCUCUGUUGCCAAAAGAAACAGUCAUGUUAUCUUGGAUUUAUUUUAAUUUAGCUAAAUAGUUUUGUUGUAUAUGGAAAUAAAGCUCUUUUUAAUUUUAUUAUGUUUUGGCAUUCAGAGUCAGAAUGAUCUUGUGUAUUUUGCAACAGAUGUUGAGGUGAGUAAGCUAACAUUAUUGAACAGGUUAUUACAGAAUGUAUUGUGAAA